AUGAGGCGAGACUGGUAUCUUGCCGAGGAAGACAAGGAGAAUCUGGCUCACAUGUUCAUGAGCCGUCACGCCAAUCCUAGCCUCAUAUCAGGCUCAAUGAGGAUUCCGACAAUAUCGAGCAUCGAGAAGAAUAUGCCGUACCUCGCCUCGGACUCAACGGUGGUGUUAAACCCCUUGCCGCAGCAUUAUGAGUCGUGGUUGUUGUGCAAGCAAUCCCCCGUCGCCACCCCAACACGACCGGCCGAGACCUGGCCUUGGUCGCCCCUCCAGCAUGCGUUCUGGUCGCGAGACUUUUCUCUGUUCGAAAUCUUGAUGAGCUACGGCAAUGUUCCACCGGCUGCCGACAUUCUCUGGAUGUUUCAGGGCAUGAUCUACUCGCUGAUGAUCAGCCCCGUGGAAAUCUUUUGUCACUUCAGACGAACAGAUUGGUUGAACCUACUGGCGUUAUCACCGGGACAACCACAGUUCCGGGCCCUGCGAAGCCCCAUUGCGCUUGCAUGGACUUUGGCACUACUACGGGAGUGUGCUUUGAGCCCGGUAAAGAUCCUCGAGACGGACGAUUUCAACUGCCUUUGCUACAGUGGAACUGAUGCCCCAUCACAUGAUCUUCGAGGAUCGUGCAAAGGCUUGAAGCAACGGGACGUUUCCCAGCUGGCAUGGGACUUCUGGUCCCUCGAAAUUAACCGGGAUCACCUCCUCGAAAUGGUAGAUGCCCGCCGGUGGCACCCCUGUUACGGGUCCCACCGCAUCAUGGUGGCCACAGUUUGUUUGGAGGAGGCAGUCCUCGCGGCCGAGCUCAGAAUCGUCUCGGCUCUCCUUGACCUGAAUAUUGAAGGAAUCAUCCGACCAGAGAUACUCAUCAUGGCAGUCUCCCUAACCAAAGCCAACCAUGUCAGCUCAGCAAUCCUGGAGAAGCUUCUCCAGAAAAGCACCCCGCUUCCCUGCCGCCCUGUACCAACAAACCCAAGACUCGAAUCCCCCACCGGCCUCCUCCAACACGCCACCUGCAAGCCCAAAGACAAGAACACCAACCUCGGCGGUCUAGCCGGUCACCGAGGCUACCCCCACUGCCGCGACCCCCUCCAAUACGCAAUCUGCACCUCCAACCUCCCCGCCCUUACGAUCUUCUCCUGCCACCCCCUCCCCUGCCCCGUCACAACCCUCUACAUCAACGAAGCCACUCUCAGGCUCGACGUCCAAGUCCUCUCCCUCCUCCUCAUCCGCAACCCCGCCUGCAGGUCGGAAGACCCCCUGAUCUUCCUCCUCAAAAACCUCCACGACAUCUGCAACGGUGUCGUCGACCUCAGGUAUCACCACGUGGCUGGGACCUCGCACCUCGGCGUGAGCUUCUCCCAGUUGACGCGGCGGAUGGCGUGCGCGGUUGCUCUGAUCAGGACGGGGGUGGAUUUGGACAGGGCGGUGGAUGAGAGGGGCAAGUCGGCGAGGGGGUACAUUGAUGAGUACCAAGGCUACCAGGGCCCGAACCGUUUUUUGAGAGAGGUGGCGAGGAGGGGUGCUCGUUUGCUUGCGUGA